AUGGGCAAGCCGCGUGUUGGUAUCAAUGGUUUCGGCCGAAUUGGCCGCUUGGUUCUUCGCGCUGCCAUCGAGAAGGGCACAGUUGACGUCGUAGCUAUCAAUGAUCCCUUCAUCGAGCUUGAUUACAUGCGUUAUAUGCUGAAAUAUGAUUCCACUCACGGCCGCUUCCCCCAUGAAAUCGGCAUUGCCGGUGGCAAGUUAACCGUCAAGGGUGCUCAUAUCGCCGUUCACAAUGAACGGGACCCCACAAAAAUCCCAUGGGGCGAAAGCCAAGCCGAAUACGUCGUAGAGUCGACCGGUGUGUUCACGACCAUCGAUAAAGCAAAGGCUCAUAUUAGUGGUGGUGCUAAGAAAGUGGUCAUCUCUGCCCCAUCUGCCGAUGCGCCCAUGUUCGUUUUCGGGGUAAACCAUGAGAAAUACAGCAAGGAUAUGCAGGUGGUCUCCAAUGCGUCCUGCACGACGAAUUGUCUUGCUCCUCUUGCCAAAGUUAUCAACGAUAAGUUUGGCAUUGUCGAGGGCUUGAUGACCACCGUGCAUUCCUACACUGCCACCCAGAAGGUCGUGGAUGGUCCUUCCAAUAAGGCAUGGCGAGAUGGUCGUGGUGCUGCGCAGAACAUUAUCCCUGCGUCUACUGGUGCGGCGAAAGCUGUUGGCAAGGUUAUCCCCGAGCUGAAUGGCAAGCUUACUGGCAUGGCAUUCCGCGUUCCCACCGCCGAUGUUUCCGUUGUUGAUCUUACUUGCCGCCUAGCUAAGGCUGCCAAGUAUGACGAAAUUAAGGCUGCUGUGAAGGCAGCGGCUGAUGGACCAAUGAAAGGUGUUUUGGAUUACACUGAAGAUCUCAUUGUGAGCACUGAUUUACUCGGCUCCCAUGUCUCCUCCACUUUCGAUGCUCAAGCUGGUAUCAGCCUGAACGACAAUUUCGUGAAGCUCAUUGCAUGGUACGACAACGAAUUUGGAUACAGCUGUCGCGUGGUUGAUUUGAUUACUCAUAUGUUCCAUGUGGACCACUCCUAA